UGCUGUCGGUGUGUAUCUAAUAUGGGUGCCCCACAAAUUGUUUGCUGUCGAUCUGUAUCUAAUAUAGAUGUCACACAAAGUGUUUGCUGUCGGUCUGUAUCUAAUAUGGGUGUCCAACAGAGUGUUUGCUGUCGAUCUGUAUCUAAUAUGGGUGUCCCACAAAGUGUUUGCUGUCGGUCUGUAUCUAAUAUGGGUGUCCCACAAAUUGUUUGCUGUCGAUCUGUAUCUAAUAUAGAUGCCACACAAAGUGAUUGCUGUCGGUCUGUAUCUAAUAUGGGUGUCCAACAAAGUGUUUGCUGUCGAUUUGUAUCUAAUAUAGAUGCCACACAAAGUGAUUGCUGUCGGUCUGUAUCUAAUAUGGGUGUCCAACAAAGUGUUUGCUGUCGAUCUGUAUCUAAUAUGGGUGACCAACAAAUUGUUUGCUGUCGGUCUGUAUCUAAUAUGGGUGCUACAUAA